GCGAAAGUAGCGCAUUGCAGUGCUGGGGCCCCUUGGUUUAAUACCUCUUGCAAACAAGCAAGAUCCCUUCUUCGUUCCAUCUAUAAUGAAUACAAAAACUCUAAUGCCCAGGCUCUACCAUCCUCCUAUUUACAAGCCAAAAGAGCAUACAAACAGACUUUAAAGCUGGCCAAACGUGAGUGGUAUCUAAAGCGUUGGCGAGCCUUGAUUGCGGCCUCUAGAUCCCGCAGACCACAGGAAUUUUGGGCUUUGAUAAACAAAAGAGGAAGGAAGUACCCACUGACGAUUAUCCCUGCGCCCACAUGGGAACAAUUCUUGAGCAAAUAUUUCUCCUUGGCAGAGGAAUCCAACUCAUCCACUGAAUUCCGAGCCGACCAUCUACCUUUGUGGCCCUCUACCGACCCAGACCUGAUAAUGGACUUGAUAUUAGAUCUGAAAACGGGCAAAGCCCCCGGGCUGGAUCUAGUCCCUGCUGAGGCUAUUGUUGCGCAACCGAGGUG